CACAUACCAUGUUGAUUAAUUCAUGUUGUUUUGUUACAGAUGAAGCUGUGAAGAUGAGAACCAUAUAGCUCAAGAUGAAGCUGUGAAGAUGAUAACUACAUAACGCAAGGACAAGUACGCAUCGCAUAAUCAACAGAAAUGGAACUUGACGACGAAUCAUUAACAUUUGCAACACUGAACGACUCAAUGUUGGCCUCGGUAACGCCAAAUUCAACUAUACCUCUGCAUCAACCUCACACAUCAAUACCAGCGUCAUCAAUAGCGCUAAUCUCGCAAGAAAUUUUAUUCGCGAUCGUUUGUUUAGUGGGUCUUUUAGGAAACACCCUCGUCAUUUACGUGGUCAUACGUUUUUCCAAAAUGCAAACGGUUACAAAUAUGUACAUCGUCAACUUAGCGAUAGCGGACGAAUGUUUUCUCAUUGGUAUACCGUUUUUAUUAGUGACGAUGAUUAAAAGUUCGUGGAUAUUUGGUGAAGUGAUGUGCAAGGCCUAUCUCAUACUGGCCAGCAUCAACCAAUUCACGAGUAGCAUCUUUCUGUUCAUAAUGAGCGCCGACCGAUACAUAGCGGUCUGCCAUCCGAUCUCCUCGCCAAAAUUUCGCACCCCCUUCAUAUCGAGGUGCGUUUCGGUGGCCGCCUGGUUUUGCAGCAUCAUCCUAAUCAUACCGAUAUUCAGCCACUCGAAGCAGGAGGAGAAUUGGCGAACCGGCGAAAACGGGCAGAACAUAUCCUUCAAAUCGUGCGUAAUCGUUUGGUCCGAGAAUUCCACCGAGAACUCCACGGAGAGCCAACAGAAGGCGACCACGUUUAUUUUGUACAGUUUCGUCUUCAGUUUCGCCAUCCCCCUCUGCCUAACGCUCAUAUUCUACUGUCUAGUUAUUCAAAAAUUGAAAACGGUGGGACCAAAGCACAAGUCAAAGGAGAAGAAGCGCUCCCAUAGAAAGGUGACGAAUUUGGUCCUGACGGUCGUGACGGUUUACGUGUUGUGCUGGCUGCCGUAUUGGAUUGCCCAAAUUGCGAUGACGUUCACGCCAACUAACGAGGGCCCGUCCCAGUUUGUCGUCACGAUUCAUCUCCUCGCAUUCUGCUUGAGUUACUCCAACUCGGCCAUGAACCCAAUUUUGUACGCGUUUUUAAGUGAUAACUUUAAGAAGAGCUUUCUGAAGGCCUGCACGUGCGCUGCCGGAAAGGACGUGAACGCCACGUUGCACUUGGAGAACAGCGUUUUCCCACGUAAAAAACACGCGUCCGAGAAACACAAGCCGAACCGAGCGACUUCCAUUUGCCCUAAUAACGAAGACGAUUGUGACGCCGGUCUCCUGGUCAGUAGAGCAGACGCCUCCACUUCCGCCAUUACCCUUACGUCACGUUCCAAUAUUACGCUUACUGCAAUCGAUGCGAAGGAAGCGCCAUCCAAAGACGCGGUUAGCAAAAACGGAUUAGCCACAGUUUUGCAUCCCGCUACCAACCUCUAAGGGUUUGAGUGUCAGAAACUUCAACCCCCACAGUGUUUGCCAUUAGAUUUCAAUUAGCGAUGGCCUUUAGAACUAUAAACAUAUGAAUCAGGGUAAACUUUUUGGUAAUUAAAUUAAAUCGAUGCAAAAAAAUUUGUAUACGAGUUGGAAGCUCCUCAAAACCAGCACUUGUACUUCGGAUACUUGAGGAGGUUCAUAUCUCAGUCUUUGUCAACCCUAUGUAUUAGUUGAUUGAUAACUGUAUAUGUGCAUUGUUUAUUGAUUACGAAAUGCGAUCCGCAAAGUUUUAUACCUUGAGCCCUUAAAAUUUUGCUAUGAGAUGAACAUUACGUAAUUAAUAAAGAAAUAGGUUGAUGUUUUUUUUGUUAAAGGUACACGUUAGGUUUAUUUUUGUGUAAGUGGGUGUAUAUAGUGUGUAUUUUAUCAAUAAGUAUAUGUGGAUACAAACUGUGAUAUUAACGUACUACCUAAAUGUCUGAAUCGCACGUUAUGCGUAUAUAAUUUGCACAGUGUUACCGUUAGUACACCGAGAGGGAAAUUACAGCAUUUAACAUUAUUUUCUGUAAAUUACCUGUUUUAAAUAAUGUCAUGUUGUAUGUGAGUACCUAGUGUUGAAUUAGAUAGCAGCAAAGGGCAUUUAUUGGAUAAAUUACCUCACGCGCUGCCAUUACAAAUGUUCACCAGAUCGAAUGAUAAACAACCAAAGCGUGGUAGUCGUGACGAAAUUUUCUCCUUCAUCCCCAUUCCUUGUAUUGUACCUACUUCAUACUUAAUCUGUAUUGUCAGAAAUAAAAUGUUUGGCUGCUUUACGCAUUUUAAGUAAGAGAGCAACUUUGAAAUAUUGCUAUGGGACGUUUAUAUCUCGUUUUGUUUAAUAAAAACGGUAUUUAUUUUCUACUUAUUUGCAUCUCUGUAUUCCGCAGGGCGCUGUUUGCUAACUUUAAAUCAAGCUGUACACUGUAACACACCUGGGUUCACGUAAAUACAACGGAAAUUCUCAAAUAACUCACCCCCGGCGUUAAUUAGUUAAUUACUUACGAAAAAAUCGCUUUAUUUAGUAUUAACAAAUCUAGACAAUAUCCAAUAAUAGAACCGAAAGCUGCUUCACCCUUAAGCUAAACGGUUUUAUUAACGUCCUUUAACUUUACGUUCCGUAUACCGAAAUCCGCUUACCUACCAAAAGGAAAUUAGUUUAAAUGUAAUAUGCUACCGUAUUUUCUGCGGAAUUGUAGAAGAACCAUACAAGUUUUACAAAUUUAUAGACCUUGCAGUAAAGUUACA